AUGUCCACCUUCGUUGACAGACUUAGGCCCAAGACCUUUCCUCGCCACUAUCCCCGAUGGAUGGUCGGUCGCCCCCUACUCAUUGGCUCCUCUGCGUUCGCAUCCUUGGGAGACGCCAUGUUCGGGUACAGCCAAGGCGUUAUCGCGGCCCUCCAAGUUCAACCGCCCUUCAUCCGUCGGUUCUUCGGGCACGAUGUCACUCUCGCACAGAUUCAGGCGGGAGAUACGGGAAUAAACCCUUGGGUACAAUCGAUCACUGUGUCGUCCCUCAACAUCACGGCGUUCAUCGCCUCCUUCUUCGCCGCUUACCUCUGCGACAUCCUCGGAGGGAUCAUCUACUUCAUCGCCGCGGCCAUUCAGAUCGGUGCUCCCAACCUCGCCGCACUCAUCUGCGGCCGCGCUCUGCAAGGCGUCGCUGUCGGCAUUCUCUCCAUGACCGUCCCCAUCCUUCAAUGCGAGAUCGCCCCCGGCAUGCCCUACAUCUGCCUCAACCUUGGCUACACCCUCUCUGCCUGGAUCGGCUUCGCCUUCUUCUUCUCCCUUCCUUCGGAAACGUCUUGGCGCGGCCCCUACGCGAUCCAGGCUGCUUUCGCCGUCUUGCUCGUAAUGUGGUCCUUCGUCCUUCCCGAAACCCCGCGCUUCCUCAUCAAGAAUGGCUUCCUCGACGAAGGCCGGCGCGUCCUCGCCGACCUGCAUGCUGACGGCAACGAAGACGACCUCGCCGUACGCGCGACCUUUGUCGAUAUUCAAGCCGCCGUCGCACUCGAGGCCGAACAGGGUGAAGCGUCGUGGGGUCAGCUCUUCCGCCAGUAUCGCCGCCGCACCCUGGUCGGCAUCACCUGCCAGGUCUUCGCUCAAUGCAACGGAAUCAACGCUAUUCUUUACUUUCUCCCUUCAAACUUGACCCGCGCGGGCUUCCCCAUUGAGCGCUCCCUCCUCUACGCCGCGGCCGCAGCGAUCGUGUACUCUUCUGGCACACUGGUGACUAUGGUGGGCAUCGACCGGAUCGGUCGUCGGCCGUUCCUUCUCGUUGGCUCUGUCCUUCUCGCCGGGUUCCUCGCGAUUAUCGGCAGUCUGCAACACCAUGUUGACGCCAUCCCCAUCGGACCCGCUCGCAUCCCCGGAGCCAACGGCAUCUUCGCGGCUGUCUCGCUCUACCUUUGGACCUAUGGUGCCACCUGGGGCCCGACCCCAUGGCUGCUCGGAGCGGAGAUUUUCCCCAUGCGGGCGCGCGCAAAGGGCAUGGCGCUCUCCAACGCCGCGAACUGGCUAUGCAACUUCGCGGUGGCCUUCGCGACGCCCCCGCUCUUCGCCGCGCUCCGCGCCGGCUACUACUUCAUCCUCGCCGGCGCCUGCCUCCUCUCUGGCGCCGUCGUCUUCUUCGUGUACCCCGAGACUGCACACCGGACGCUCGAGGACCUCGGCGAGGUCUUUGCGGAUGCCGACACCGACACCGGCGACGAUCGCUGCUUCGCGAUUGAGCGUGACAACUCAAGGUUCGCCGCGACCGGCUCGAGCGACGGGUUGGAGGCUGAGUUCAUGCGCGAGAGGCGGCCGGGCGUGAUGAGGAAACGAGUCCCGGAGGAGUCGUUCGCGGACUCAGCGUCCACGCUGCAAGUGCCUGUGGGCGUGCCGAAAGGCCCGCGUCCGCAGAGGACAGCCAAGGAGGCCAGCUUAUCGGUCUGA